AUGGCUUCAGAAAGCGAGAAAACUAAGAUCGUUACAACAUUCCUUAAAGAUUCUCCACCAGGAGAAUUUAAUAAUGUUCUUAAAGAUUGUAGGGAAGUAGUUGGUGAUGAUAGUAUAUUCCAAGAAUGUCUUCCAGUUUGUUUACAUGAUUACAACACUGAACAAUUAACAGUUGUAAUGGAUGGAACUAAUCCAGUAAUUAUUUCUAAAUACACAGAACAAUCUGCUCAAGAAUUCAUUGAUCCAGUUAAUAAGAAAGUUGUUACUUUCGAUCACUUGAGUAAACAAAUUACAUCAAGUCAACCACUUUCUUCUGGACUUCCAGGUAAUGAUUCAUUAAGACAAGCCCUUCAAAAGAAAUUAGAUAAUUAUGCUAAAGAAUUUUAUCCAAAAGGUGCUGCUAUUGUAAUGCCAAAAGAUAAUAAUACAUACACAAUUAUUAUUUCUGCUGCUGAUCUUAAAGUCGCACAAUUCUCUAAUGGCAAAUGGAGAUCAGAAUGGACUAUUUCUGUUGGAAGUAAAGUCACUUGUGAAGGAAGAAUUAGAGUUCAAGUUCAUUACUUUGAAGACGCCAAUAUUCAAAUGCAUACUGAUACUAAAAAGAAAGUUACUUGUAAUGGUGGUUCUGAAGAUCAAAUUGCUCAAAAUGUUAUUAAGGAAAUUAAAAACAUUGAAGAUACUUUCCAUGCAGAACUUGAUAAAAUCUUUGCUACAUUAAGUGAUAAUUGUCUCAAAGCAUUAAGAAGACAACUUCCAAUUUCAAGACAAAAGAUUAAUUGGGCAAAUUGGAAAGGUCAUAAGAUGAUGAAAUAA